AUGAGCACUAACGACUCCAUAAUAAGUCAAGUCAAUAAUCUGGAAAGCCGGGCUAAUACUGCUGGCCACAAGAAAAGCACAGCAGACGAGACGGGAUCCGAGGUUCAGGGACACGCAAAAGAAGAUGAGGAGAUUUCCGAGAGUGAAGAAGAAGAGGAUGAUGAUGAUGAUGAUGAUGAUGAUGAUGAUGAUUCAAGUUACACUUACGAGUCAGAAAUAGUCGACUACAACUUGGAUAAGGAAUGGCAGGAUAUAGUAACGCAGUGUAACUCACUUGUUUUCCUUGUACUAAUACCUGUGGUUGGACGGAUGAUUGGACGACGGUUUGCCCACUACAUAUGGCAUAGAGUUGCAGACCGGAUAUUUUAG